GAAACAUUCGUCGUCACACAUGUACGUAAGCAAUCGCUGUCCCCAGUAGCGCACCGUAGAUAUGUCUGAUAUCAUCAUGCAGAAGCAAAAUAUUUUAUUUUUAAUAUUUAAAAACAAUUCAACCAACUUUGUACAGCUAAGACAGCCAACAUAAUCAAAACAGUCGCAAAUCAGUAAAGUGUCUACGUAUCAUUGUGUUAAUUUUGUUGUGCUGAAGUGAACCUUCAUGCCUCGGCAAAGACGUGGAACAAUGCUACCCCAUGGCGUGUGACUUUGAAACCUUUCAUUUGUUGCUGAGAUAUAUCGGAUUGAAUUGAAUAAUUUUAUUGAAUGGCUUACUAUACAUAUUUAUACAAAUACCUCAAUGUCAAUCUGGUUUACAAUCUAUGUAAUCUUGCUCAAUUCAAUGCUAAGAAGACUGAACAAAUUAUUUGUUUACGUACACGCAGUGAGAUCCAUCCAUGCAUAUCCUCACCAAAUAAAAGUGUAAGGCUCCCAAACUGAGUACUGUUCUGCAGUGACAGAUUCAAGAUUUUUUCCGAGGGGGUGUGGGUAUGGCGAUAGAAGAGCAAGUUGCAAUCUACAAGUUAUGGUUCAAGAGGUCAGACCCGUGUUCCAAAGGGAAGUUUGGGUUUACUUUUACAUAAUGUAGGGUACAGGAAGCCCAGUCCCUUAGAAUCACCUACGUUUAGACAUUAUGCCUAAUACUAAGGUCACAUCACUUCGUGUACUCUUGCUCCACAAUCAAACCCCUUGGUAUUUUGUAACUGUUGUGUUUGUCGUAACAAACUUACAUUCGACUCUCAUCGGAAGCUGCAACUCCAAUUUUCGUCAUGGAAAUCACCAUCUGUGCGUGUACGAGACACUAAUGGGACCAUGCGAACACACAAGCUUAGCAUACGGUUUAAGAUAAAAUUAGUUUUGAGUGUGAGAUAAAUCGACUUGGUACUUCUACUCAAACUUUUGGAAUUGGUAAGAUUCGGUGCAAUUUUAUCGUACUGGACUGUUGAAAUAUUUUGCAGCUUCGCGGGAUUAAAACGAUGUAACAAUAGUUCCUACGUCAUCAUUUUCAUAAGUGGAAACAACGGAUCCCAUAGGAAAAUGAACAGGAGUGGAAAUCUAGAUAUCAAUAGCGUGAGCCUAUCAAGGUUUACAUUUGCUAGUAAAGGCAGUGGUAUGGAAAAAAAUUUACUGGCUCUCGGAAUUUUGAGUAUUGUAUCAACUUUUUGUGCGAUUCUUUCAGUAUUAUUAAUAUUCCAGCUAGUGAACAAACAAAACGGAUAUGCUGAAUAUCAGAAAAAUGCGGACAAUGCUCUGGAUGAAAUAAUCUAUGACGCAAUUUUGGACUCUGCUAUUGUUUUAACAAGCUUUGCGGUGAUGUUGAAUCUGUGCAGUUCGCUGGUUUGUGCGGUACAGGCUUAUUUCGGUACUAAAAUUUUUAAUUUACCGCAAGGAGAAGAACGGUCGUAUAAAUUCAUGAGGUCAGUGGCUGGAGCCCGAUUCCUUGGCAUUGGAGCCUUCUUCAUUUCCAUCCCCACAUUUUUGCUUGCUCUUUCAGCUUACAUUUUCCUUGAAUUUCGUGUCAUUCCCGCCUCGUUAUCCACUGGAUUCCUCGGCAUAGGCUGUAUAAUUGUCGUUUUCAAUAUUUCUCGAACCAUCUACGUGUGGCGCAAAGAAGAACGCUUGGUAUCUGCCGGAUUUGGUCUCAAUGAACAUGAUUUGUUUUCGAAUCCAGGUACGUCAACAACCGUUGAUAAGUCACCAAUUCUGAUCGGAAAUAACGUGUCGACAUUAGAUCUCUUGGAUGGAAGUCAACUAUCAACUCUUGUUUAAGAAGACACGGAUUGAAAUUUAGCAUUAAGCUGCAUUCACAUCUAAACCGAAAUUCAGACGCCAAGUGUUCCUAUUAUUAAGCCAGGCCCUCACUGCGUGUACGACGAAUCCAAAUCCGCUCCCUCUGUGAGUGCUUGCAGGGGCGGAUCAAGAGAUGUCCAAAAGGGGCCGAAAGUGGGGCUGAUUGAGACAACACUACCAUAGGGGUCCGGGCGCAUGCCCCCGCCAAAUUCUUGUGUUAUAGACGCCGGAAAAUAACCUCUGAGGCGUUUUGGGCGAUCAAUUUUUUCUUUUUCUUUCUUUCUUCUCUUUUUAUUUUAUUUUACUUUCCAAAGGUGGGGGGGGGGCGGGAUCGGCCCGCCCCCCCUCUAAAUCCGCCCCUGGCUUGACGGCGCGACGCCGUCUGUUGAUUGUCGGUGGCAGUCUGAGCUGAUCGUCAUUAAAAACGACCCGUUGCGCGCGUGUCGUGUCGUGUCUACAUAAACUCGCGUCGGCCAACGACCGUCAGUCGCAGUGAGUGCCCGACUGAUAAUCUGAAAAUUCGGAUUCAGUGCGAAUAAGGGUCCAGCGACUUACAAAUUGCAAGACGGUAGAAAUGUGAAUGCAGGCAUUUGUCGAAAACGUAUGUACGAUACCGACUCAAAACGCUAAUAUAGCAACCGCGGGGCAAAGGACCUCGUCGGGGGCCUCUGGACCCCCGCUUGGACCGCCUGUCGGGGAAUUUUUAGCCGCAAGGUCGUCGGGGAUCGAAAAAUAAAAUCUCGAACGCCGAAAGUACAAUUCAAGCAUGCCUUGGGGAUUAAAAACUGUUUAGUGCUAGCAAUGCUACUUUAUGUGCGAGGUGUUGUAUUGCGAUCGUAUGGGUUGCAGAGGGGGUGGGGGUUAGGGGAGCUUGGACCCCUCGUUGGGGAAUUCCUGCCGCCGCCCCUGUAUACUAAGUAAAUCUCCAAAAUCUUCUUUAUUCAGAAAUAGACCAGAGACUUUAGACUACUGUGUUGGGCAGAUGUUUAAACUACUUUAACACGCUACUGUAGGAUGAUACAGUGUAGGCUACAGUAAUUAGUCUGUUUUGUGAAGGGGGAAUGUUGUGCUGGCUACUCUGCAAUACCGCCCUCUAUAUAAAAUAUUUGGUUGAAAGUGGGAAUGAAAUAAAAACGUAUGGCUGAGCUGA